CAUCAGCCAAGCUCGUCAUUGUAACAGAGAGAGAGGAUGAAUGAGGCCGUUGAAUUCAGUGGUUGAGAGCUCAAGACAUGCUUUGUACAACGUUUUCUUAACCCAUUGCCAGGCCUUCAAAUCAGGUAUUAUUUCCCACAUUUACGUUGCCAACAACAUCCUCUUUCGCUAUUCAAAAUGUUUCUCUGGAGACUUAAAUCUUGCAUGCAAACUGUUCGACGAAAUGCCCCACAAAGACACCGUUACCUGGAACACCAUGAUCACUGGCUAUGUAGAGUCUGGGAACUUGGGUGCUGCUUGGGAGUUUCUAAAAUCCAUGAAAAGACGUGGCUUUCAAGCUGAUGGUUAUACCUUUGGAAGUAUACUAAAAGGGGUAGCUCACGCCUGUCGACAUGAUCUUGGGCAACAAGUGCAUUCCUUGAUUGUUAAGAUUGGUUAUGAGCAGAGUGUUUAUGCGGGUAGCGCUUUAUUGGACAUGUAUGCCAAGUGUGAGAGAGUUGAAGAUGCGUAUGAUGUGUUUCAAGGCAUGCCAGUGCGUAAUUUUGUCUCGUGGAAUGCACUCAUUGAUGGCUUUGUGCAAGUCGGAGACCGCGACACUGCAUUUUGGCUAUUAGAUUGUAUGCAGAAGGAAGGUGUUAGGAUUGAAGAUGGCACAUUUGCUCCGCUUUUGACAUUGCUUGAUGGUGACAAGUUCUAUAAGUUGACGAUGCAGCUUCACUGUAAGAUUAUUAAACAUGGCCUUGAGUUCUACAAUGCUUUAUGUAAUGCUACACUCACUGCAUAUUCAGAAUGUGGUUUGUUAGAAGAUGCUAAAAGGGUGUUUGAUGGUGCUGUUGGUACCCGAGAUUUGGUUACCUGGAAUUCCAUGCUAGUAGCUUACCUAGUUCAUGAUAAUGAUGAGGAUGCAUUUAAUCUUUUCUUGGAGAUGCAAGGGUUUGGCUUCGAGCCCGACAUCUAUACCUAUACCUGUGUCAUAAGUGCUUGUUUUGCAGCAGCGCAUAAAAAUUAUGGGAAAUCCUUCCACGCAUUGGUGAUAAAGAGGGGACUGGAAGAAUCAGUGACUAUCUGCAAUGCAUUAAUAACUAUGUAUCUCAAAUUGAAUAAUAAAUCCAUGGAAGCUGCGUUAAACUUGUUCCAUUCCAUGAAGUCUAAGGACCGAGUCUCUUGGAAUUCCAUUUUAACAGGGUUUUCACAAAUGGGGUUUAGUGAAGAUGCUUUGAAACUCUUUGGGCAUAUGAGAUCUUCACUGGAGGAAAUUGAUGACUAUGCCUAUUCGGCUGUCCUUAGAUCCUGCUCAGAUUUAGCAAUCCUCCAAUUAGGCCAACAGAUUCAUCUCUUGACUGUUAAGACAGGUUUUGACUCAAAUGAUUUUGUAGCCAGUUCAUUGAUUUUUAUGUACUCCAAGUGUGGAAUUAUUGAAGAUGCUUGGAAAUGUUUUGAAGAUACCACAAAAGAAAGCUCAAUUACUUGGAAUUCAAUUAUGUUUGCAUAUGCACAACAUGGGCAGGGUGAUGUUGCACUGGACCUCUUCUCCAUAAUGAGAGAGAGAGAGGUGAAGCUGGAUCAUGUAACCUUUGUUGCAGUUCUGACCGCAUGUAGCCACGUUGGACUGGUUGAACAAGGUCGCUGUGUUCUAAAAUCCAUGGAAUCUGACUACGGGAUUCCUCCUCGGAUGGAGCAUUAUGCUUGUGCGGUUGAUUUAUUUGGUCGUGCUGGAUAUCUGGAGGAGGCAAAAGCCUUGAUUGAUUCAAUGCCAUUUCAACCCAAUGCAAUGGUGUUGAAAACUCUAUUGGGUGCUUGUAGGGCUUGUGGUAACAUUGAGUUAGCUGCUCAGGUAGCAAGCCAGUUGCUAGAGGUAGAGCCUGAAGAGCACUGCACGUACGUUAUCCUCUCAAACAUGUAUGGGCAUCUUAAGAGGUGGGAUGACAAAGCCUCUGUGACAAGACUGAUGAGGGAGAGGAAGGUGAAGAAGGUCCCUGGUUGGAGUUGGAUAGAGGUGAAGAAUGAGGUACAUGCAUUCAAGGCUGAAGAUCGAUCCCACCCCUAUUCCGAAGAUGUGUAUCAGAUAUUGGGAGAAUUAAUGGAAGAAAUGAAGAGGCUACAUUCUCUUGCUAGCUUUGAUUCUUUGAUGCAUGAUGUCAAUCAUAUGUACCCGAGCAGUGAUUUAAGUUACUGAACCUUAAGUUAUUGUUCAUCGAUUCCGGAAAAUUUUGCAAUUACCUAAGCUGAAACAAAUAUAAAAUUUUACAUCACUCGAGUGUA